UUCCUCGGAUAACUUUUCCACCGUGAACCGACCCCCCACGGUCUCUUCCCCCGGCUGCAGGUGGUUGAUCUCUGGCCCAAAGAAACGCGGGGGGGCUCUUACAUGGGGCGCGCGGUGUCAUUUGGAAAAUGCUCCGCAGUCGGCGUGUGAGCGCCCCGCGGAAGCAACCGGGAUCGGAGUUGCUGUCGUCGGCGCGCGUCUCUCGGUGGUGCCGCCGCCGGAGCAGCAGCAGCAGGCAGUGAGCGGCGGCGAUGGUUUUCCCCGCAACGGCGGCUCGGCGGCUCGGGCGUCCGCGUCGCUGGAGCGUCGCGAGCGGAGGCUGGCUCCGGAUCACGCUGCUCUCGUUCCUCGCCACUUUGCCCGUGGAGCAAUUGCGCGCGUUCCCGUCUUCCCUCAGCGACUGCCAGACGCCCACCGGCUGGAACUGCUCGGGUUUUGAUGACCGAGACACGGACCUAUUUUUGUGCGACACCAACACGUGCAAGUUUGAUGGCGAGUGCCUAAGAAUUGGAAACAUGGUGACUUGCAUUUGUGACUUCAAGCUCCGUGUCACCGCCACGGACCGCUGUAUUCUUAGUGCAGUCGUAAACAACCCUGACGCUGAUGAGACCGAAGACUGA